AAUUUGUUUUCGUCUCCUUAAGAACAGUCUCCCCUCUUGCCACCGAGUCUCUCCCAGACUCCCACCCCCACACAUUUCCUGGAGAGAGAGAGAGAGAGAAAGAGAGAGAAUCAAUGGAGGGAAUGGACGUCAUGCCUCCGUCGUCAUCGUCUGCGAACGGCACCAACGAAAUUAUGAUGCACAUGACCUUCUUCUGGGGCAAAAACGCCGAGAUCCUCUUCUCGGGCUGGCCCGGAACCAAUUCGGGUAUGUAUGCUGUGGCCCUCAUGUUCGUCUUCGUCCUUUCCCUCCUCGUCGAGUGGCUCUCCCACGGCAACCUCAUAAAAGACGGGUCGAACCAGGUCAGCGUCGGGUUGGUCCAGACGCUCAUCCACGCGAUUCGGGUCGGGCUGGCGUACAUGUUGAUGCUCGCCGUGAUGUCGUUCAACGGCGGCGUUUUCGUCGCGGCUGUGGCUGGGCACGCGUUGGGGUUCUUCUUGUUUGGGAGUAAGGCUUUGAAGAAGGCGGUGCCGACGCCGUCAAAUGGGAAGACGUCGGAUGUUCCUCUUGAAAUAUGAUUUCAUGUUAUGCCAUAAUUUGGCGAAGAACAAAGACAGUUUUACCAGUUGGAGGAGUACGCUGCUGACCAAAGCUUGGUUGAGGAAGGACACCAAGAGGAGUAGAUUUACCAUAGUACCUUCCCUUUUAAUUUUAAAAAUUGUACUCCUUCCGUCCGGAUUUAAUAGUCUCCGAUUCAAUUCUAACCAGAUAAAAAAUAAGUUAUAUCUUUCUAUUAGUAAUAAAUUUUAUAUCCAAUAUAAAUCUUAUUUGAUGUAUCUCAAAUAGUUCUAUAAGACAAUAUUUUUAAAAUUACAUAAAGCAUUAUAAAUUAUAAGAUAUAAUCGAUCGAAAAGUUGUACGAAUUUUAAAAAAUGACUAUUAAAUCCGGACGUAGAAAGUAAUUCGGAUAGCGAGACAAUUCGGUUUGUAAAGACAUAUUUGUCCUUUCCUUUAUCUAAUCAAAAUAUUAAACUUAGUUUAAUUUUAUUAAAUUAACGUUUCUAAAGGGACGUUACAAAGAGAGACAGAAGGCUCCCUCCUCCACCCCCUGGGCUGUUGGGCCAGUCGAUAUAUGGGCCCAAUCAGAAAAUUAGGCUAUUAAUCCGGCCCACUGCAUAUCAUUUAUUGGUAUGAGUCUUGGGAAAAUGACAGCCUAGGACGUGUUUUGAUAAUUAAUAUCCGUUAAGAAUAUGCUAAAAAUAAUUAUUAAUACUAAAAAUAUCCUUAGCAAAUAUUAAUUAUAAAAACACGUCCUUAGCCGUCAUUUUUCCAUGAGUCUUAGGGCCCAAUCAGGUAAAAUGGGGGCUAUGACUAUUAAUCCGGCCAACUACAUAUAUUCAUUUUCUUGGUAUGAGUAAUGUUGUAUAUAUGAUAAACGUAUUGUUUCUAAUUGUUCCUUUUAGGUGAAUUGUUUAUUUAUGACGAACGUAUUACUCACCUUUUUUAAAAAAUCAAUUCUUUUGCAACAUACAUAUUACUCUUUUGAUUUUGGUUGAAACUUGAAAGCAACAUUUAGCUUUUGAAUUUAAUUAUGUUUAAUUUUAUUACAGUUUACGCUCUCUCAUACUAUAUUGUAUGCUACGAAUUUCCUUUUAGUAUGAUAAAGAAAAAACCCCAAAAAAAAUAUUAUGA